AUGGGGAACGAUAAUCAAUAUGAAGAUAUUGAAUGUCAUGACGAGACUCAUGAAAAUGAAGAGGCGAAUCUUAUCAAUAUCCAGUAUAAGAGACUUCUCAAAAAGAAGAACGGGUUAGAGGAGAGGUUAAAAAAGAUCGAAGAGAAGGCGGAGGAGAUAAAGAAGGGUAGUAGUAAGAAAGCGAGGAAAGAUAAAGCAAAGAAGGGGAUUAAGAUAGAUAUGCCUGCUCAAGCAGCUGCUAGACAGGCUGGAAAUCUGGCAGCAAAUUUCAUUCAGACUGGAAAGACAGCGGCGAGCAAGCAGAAGGAAGUCGAGAUUUAA